UCAAGUCUGCUUGCCAGAAGGAAAACGAAUCUCAGCUGCGGGUUGGGAUAAAAGCAUGAAGUGGAGAAUGUGAUAAUCAAGUGCUAUUUUCACAUGUGAUGAACAUGGUGAGUGUGAUUGUUUUCACUCUGGAGGCCCGCCGCAUUCUUUCAUCUUGUGUACUCGCAGCAGGGAUAGAAGAAACGAGAUGGCUUUCUGCAGCUGGAAGCCGAUCGACAGCUCACGUCGGUGAAGUAAACAUCUACUCACAUCAUUACCUGCAAGGUCAAAUGACCUGGAAAGUUACUGAAGGCUGUUUUCUCGACUACACUUCCCCUAAAGUGAUGCAACCACAGAAGGAUACCAACGAUGACAAAGAAGUAAAGACCCAAAAUGGUCCCUGAACAACAUGGCACCAAUAAGCGAUGAUUAGAAGAUAACAUUUAAAAACAAAAGCUUCAAAGGUCAAAAUCAGAGGUUCCGGAAAGAUUCUGCUACGGAUCCGAUGCAGUCCAGUACAUGACAGAUUCUUCCAGAGCUGGAAUCACUCAGGCCAUGAGAUUCUGCAACGGCCGGCAGGAUGUGUGCCAACGGGAUUCUGCAAUCAUGAGGCCUAAUGAGGGCAGACAAGCCCACUCAGCAGCUGAUGGAUUGGCGGCGAGCGGUGCGGCGGGGAAUAGGACUGUUCGGAUUGCGGAGGGGGAUAGCGGACUGCGCGUGGUGAUAGAUGGCUCAAUCAUUCCGAUGUCUCCGCCGGUCUCCUACCGGACCUGCGUUCGCCGAGAGGUGCCUCUGAGGUGCACCAGCUCUGUUGUGUUUCUGGACAAGCUAUUUUCAGCCUCCCUGGUGGCACCGGACAGGAGAGGAGCGGGGCAAAACGCUCGCUAUAAGUCCACCGCGUUUGUUCAGAUCUGCUCACCCUCCACGAAAGAAAGUUCCGGAGGUCCCGGUGUGGCCGUGUUGGGCGGAGAGCAGCACGGCGAUGGCAAGAAUUGGGUUCAGCGUGGAGAAGUGACAUCAACUCACGACAGGAUAGGAGAAGCCCAAGAACGUCCUGCGAGGUCGCCAACAGGUCGCGAGAUGGAUUAUUGUCGUUUCUACUUGAAGACAAACACUCUGGAAGCCUCACCCAAGUCCCUCAGUCUCAAAGAGGCUCUGGAGCUCUUCAGGCCAGACUUCAUUAGCCGAUCUCGGGCUCGAGUGAGGAGGAUGGAACAGAGGAGGAGGAGGAGGAGGACAGUGAAGAGGAGGAGCGCCAGCCCGGCGCAAGACGGAAGCGUGCGAAUGAGGAGGUGCACCACGCCGGAUCCGCUAAGUGAUAACCUUUUCAAGCCAAGAGAGAGGUCAAUUUCGGGCAGAGAAAUGCAGCAGCGAUCAAGAAGGAUGUACAACAAGCUGCCAGAGGUGGAAAGGAAAAAGCAGGAGGAGGAGAAGAGAGCAGUGUCACAGGCCAACAGACUGCGAGCAGACCUCUUUAAGAAGAGACUUCUGGACCACAUCCUGCAGAAAUGAAGAAGCUGCAUGGAAUGGCAAACACUUAUUUCAUCCAUAUGUUCAGUAAAGUCAUUGCAUCUCCGUUUUUAUGCACCAUAGUACAUGCAUAUAAUCAUUUGAUAUAACACAUAAAUCAAAGAAUAUCUUAAAUCGAAUAUUGUUAGAAUCCAGAAAUUCAACGGUCAUAUUCAUCAAAAUUCAAAAACUAAAGGGAGUGUGAUUCAAAUUGAAUUACUAUCAUACGUUGUGAGUUUUAGUGCAGUCCAAAAUAUUCCAAGGACGUUAUGAGUAUUGACUUUCCAGGCAAUGGUGCCUCCUCAGCAAAAAGCACCUUGACGGUGUCAUUGCUAAAGUAAAUGUUAAUAAAAUGCAACGCUUUGUGGUGGAGGGAAGAGUCUCACGUUUGUCUUGACCCCGAGGCCUCCCCUGUGGAAACUCCCAUCCGGAGCGUCGAAAUUCCAAGCUAAUCGAACUCAGGAGACCAGCGGCGUUGCUGAAAGGGACCUUUUGUCACCGAGCGGCGUAGCGGGAGGUGACAUUGUAACAGGAGAGAGGAGACCACCUUUAGCAUGAUAAGAUGACUGACAUUUAAUCACAGCCUGGGGAGGAAUAACAUUGACAUGUGUCGCAGCCCCCAAUAGAUUUGAAAUGUUGGAUGAGGAAAAAAAAACUAUACAGUGAAACGUGGCAUAUUUGUUUUUUUUG